AUGGUGAGGUCCUUCAGGCAACAGACCAUGACGGUGAUGACAAUCGCUCUUUGCCUCAGCCUGGCCACGGCGCAGACUUUCCAGUACAGCAGAGGGUGGACGAAUGGGCGUAAGAGGUCAGACCUGAGCGUGGGCGUCGCGAGGACCGUGAGCCCCUUAUCCUUUCCCCUGACUCGUCUUCUCCCUGUGUCUCUCCACCAGAACGCUGCUUAUAACCCGCCUGUCAAGACUGUAGAAGAACGACUACGAGCGCUGGAGGCUGGUUUUGCCGCUGUUUUGAGGGCCAGCAGCGCCAAUCUCUCCUCUGGUGGCGACGACGAGUACUAUUCUGAAAACUAA